GUAAACAAUCAGCACGGUGACCAUGGCAUCUAAGCAGGCGGACAAAUUUGUCACCUUGCUGAGCGACAAGCUCAAGCAGCUGACGAGCAUUGCAUUGACGCAGGAGGAACUCAAUGACAAGCUUGGUACUGCGAUUGCUACGCUGCCGAAUGGGUCGUUGAAGGCUACGCUGCAACGCAACCUUGACGUAUACAGCAAGCGUCUCGGACGACUCUUAGAAGCGUCGCUCUCGGCACACCGCCCAGCGUCUGUCAGCGAGAAAUUGCUCUGCGAAGCCGACUACGACAUCCUCUUGAGCCAGAACCACACAUCCAAGCUCGUCGAGCAUUUGAGCGUGCCACCGUCCGUGUUUGCCAAUUUCGUUACCGCGGACACCUCCACUGACGACGACCCCGUCAAGAUCGUAGACGCCGUCGUGCAGCUCGUGAGCGCAGCAACGCAGGAACUCGCCACAAACGGCUUUACAUCGGUGUAUUCGACCAAACAGAGCCCGCAUGCCGCCAUCGCGCUUUAUGCCGACAAGGUCUCGGCGCAUGUGCGGUCAUGGAUGGAAGCGGCGCACACACACAACGACUCGUUCGACGUGUUGAACAGUCGCCAGUUGCAACGGGCGCUGGCGGAGCUGCUCAAGGUGGUCGAGUUCGCCCAACUCCAGGACUUGUACCAGGCUCCAUCCUCCACCGUCCGUGACCAAUCGUUCUCGUUCUACCUACCCAACGAAGUCACAACCUCCAUCAAUCAAACAUGCACUUCUGCCCUGGCCACUCUGUACGCGACCUACCUCGUGCUGGUGGUGCACUACCCGAGCCGGACGCCGCCGCCAGACGCAGUCGACUCGGACGACGAUGACGACGAUGACCUGCAUGAAACUAUCCACCCCGUCAAAGCCGACCCGCUCAGCGUCGCUUCCCAAAGCGUGGCCGAGCUCCUCGUGACGGCAGAACGCUUCGCCUCGUCCUGGCUCGUCGACGUGUUGCUGGCGGCGGCGCAACUGCCCCAGCCGACCGUCCCCUCGAACGAAGUCGCCCUGAUAGCUCAAUUCAACCGAGUUGUGAUCAAGGCACUGCAUCAGCUGUCGUUCCAGCCCAACAUGUCAGCGGUCGAGUUUGUGCGCGGCGUGUUGUUCGUGCGGCAAGCCAAGGCGCUGCUGCGCCGGACGCGCCAAGCCAACGCCCCGCAGCUCACGUCCGUCAUCACUCGGCUCACGUCGCUGGCGAUUCCGUUUAAAUUGACCGACUGGAUGACCCUCGUGGCGCUGGGCGACACGUCGAGGUUGUCGGAGCUGAUUGCCCCCGUGGUCGAAACGGCGCCGACUUCAAGCGCGUUUCUGUCCUCCACAUGGAAAGACUCGGACUUGAUCGACCUUGCGACCAAACUCGAGCUCGAGUUUGUGACCAAGCGACAGCAACUCGGAGGUGACGACGAGGACGAGGCAGGAACCAUCGCUGACCAACCGCAUGGCGACACUGCAGCAGACGGCGACCACCCGCUCUUUUUUGUCGACAGCGUGGGCGGCCAAUAAUAAAAAGACUGUUGAAAUAUGACUGAAUAACUACAGUACUCAGUACCGACGACAUGGUUGCGUAGACUACGUGGCUACGAGUCCAGUUUACGCCUACAACACUGACAUUGGGUUGAGGCUUAUAUGACGUGGUUGACCCGAGCAAGGAAGAAGUCUUGAGGGUUGGUGGAAUGUUGAACCCUUUGG